CGUCCAUUGCACGGCAUCCGCACCAGCAUGAGAUUGAUUGUAUUGUGCGUCGGCCUUUGCCUGGCCGUCGCAUUGUGCACGGCCCGGGUGUAUCGCGAAGAGGAGCUCGAGUUACAGCAAACCAACGGCGACCUUGCAGUGGCCGAGUCUAAGCAUGGCCAUGAAGAAGGUGGUGGUCAUUCGGGACACUCCGAUCAUCAUUCCAGUCACGGCCACAAAGGUGACAAAGGAUACAAAUCAUCCCAUCAUCACGACAAGGGUGGGCAUGGCAAGCACGGCAAGAAACACGAAGUGGGCCAUCAUGAGGAAAAAGGAGGGCACAAAAAGAGUCAUCACGAUGAAGCGGGUCACUAUGGCGAACAUCACGAACAUGGCAAGUCCCACAAAGGUGGUAAACAUGGCGAGAAAAAGGGUCAUAAAAAGGGUCAAAAGACCACUGGUUACCACCAUAAGUCCCAUAAGGAUGACUACCAUAAGGAGCACAAGUUCUACGAUGACUACCACAAGGGUGGACACCACUCCAAACACGGCGAAUUCCACGGUCAUCAUGGUUCCAAGGAAGGUAAGCACAAGAAGGGAGGCAGUCACAAGAGUGGCUACCAUGACGACCACUUCGGUAAGAAGGGCCACUAUGACAAGGGCCACUACGAUGAAGACCACAAGGGUCACAAGGGGCAUAAGGGCCAUGAGAGCCAUCACUCCCAUCACGACGAUUACGGCAAGAAGGGAGGUCAUUCCGGCGGCAAGGAAUACGGCUUCAAGCACGGAAAGCACUAACCAUCAUCUUCAUCUCAUUCCAAACACAGGCGCUCCAUCCGUUGAAA